AUGGUUCACACCACAUCCACUACCCUCCUGGCCAUAACCGGCCUAGCUGCCACAGCUACGGCCUACCAGCAUACAUGGCGGGACCACAUGGAGUGCGCAGCUGCUGUAGCCCAGGACGCAGACUACCCAACCUGCACCUCGCCCUCCAAGUUCCACUGCUUCUGCGCGCAGCCGUUUGAUCCGGCCAGGGUAAGCACUGCGGCAAAGGAUGUGUGUAAGGGCUUUGGAAUCCCAACGGAGUCUAUACACGAUUUCAUCUGCGAUAGCGCUUAUGACGAUGUGUACGACCACGACCACGACCACUACCGCAACUGCCACCAUGCCUUCGUCUACGACGACGGCGACAACGAUAGGGACAGACACAGAUAUCCCAUCUCCCAUCCCCACCGCCUCAGCCAGCCCAUGAUGCGUGUCGCUGCUCCGGGGACCGAUUCCUCAGACACAGCUAAACACAAGCCCAGCGUCCAGAGCAAGAGGGCGUACGGGCCGGGUCUGUCCCCUUCCGCCUCCUCCUCCCCCUCAGCCUAUGCCCACCGCCCCCUCGUCACUGACGCCCCGUCCGCCCGUGACGAAGAGAGCGACUACGAGAACGAAAACGAGAACGAGAACGAGGGCGGGAGCAGGGUCAUCACGGAGAUCCUCACGCACACGUCGUGCGACUGUUCGUCGUCGACGGUAGCGGCUGCAACGGGCCGGGCGUCGUCGAGUCGACCGGUGUACCUUCAUCAGAGCGAGGUCCCUAAGUCAACUUCGUCGUCGGCGUAUGCGCCUGUUCACCAGACUGUGGUUCCUGUUCCAUCUUCGUCGUCGGCACAUGCGCACGUUCAUCAGACUGUGGUCCCUGUUCCGUCUUCGUCUUCGUCCUCGGCGCACGCGCAUGUUCACCAGACUGUGGUCCCCGUUGCAUCUUCAACGGCGUCGAGUAUGCUGAUGGGAUCAGGAUCACAUUCGUCUGCACCUGCGCAUGCGCCUGCAUCUGUGUAUGUGUCCGUGCCUGUUUCGGUGCCAGAGCCUUCGGGCGUUGAUGCGCAGCGGAGUGGGUAUCCCAGUCGUCACAAGACAAUGGCUUCGUCUUCUAUGGUGCCUUCGGCUUCGGCGUUGCCUUCGCCUUCGCAUUCGGCAAUGACUUUUGAUGGGGGUGCGUCGGCAGGGGUGCUUGUGCCGAGGUCGCUGGCUGUGCUUGGGUUGACUGCGUUAAUGGCGUUCUUUAUGUGA